UGUUAGUUUUAUUUUAUUUUAUUUAUAAGGGAUUGCCUCCCUUGAAAAAUAUCAAAAACAAUGACAGAAUCUGUAACAGAUAAUUCGUUUGAAACAACUGCUGUUAAACUACUCCAAAGAUUUCACUUACUGCAACAAGAAAGAGUAGAAACUUACACUUUAUUUGAAGAAGGUUAUGUGGCAUAUUUAAAGGGACAUCCAAAUUACAAUUUCCCUUUGUAUCGUCAGCUUGUUCAUGAAAUAACAGAGACAUUCAACAAAAUAUCAGCAGAUAUUAUAGUGAUUAAAACCAGACUUAAUGGUGAUCAUCGACAGAGUGCUGUAGCUGGACUUAUCAAUAAAAUACAGGACCAGGAGCAGAAGAAAUUAGAAGCUACUGUACAAAAUCAGAUAACGAGACAGAAUGAAAUAGAUCAUCCUGAUGUACCAGAACACAAAGAACAAUCUGAAAGCCAAAAAGAAAAGUUAAAGGAAAUAGUUAAUAAAAUUAAUGAAUUUUUGGAAGAACUAAAAUAUGAAUCAGAAGAAUUGUAUGCUGAAGAAGAAGAUGAGAAUCUUGUUGAAAGAUGACACCAUUGAUAUGUAGUCAAUAGUUAAAUUCUUAAUUCGUGUCAGUGAGAAAAGAAAACUGUGUAUGAAAGAUUGAUAAUUCCAAUGCAAAUAGUCAUGCACAUGAUACCAGAAGAUAUGAAAAUGAAAACAGAAUUGUUUUAUAAAUGUUAACAUCAUAUUGUAUUAUUGGAAAAGGAGAUAUGGUUUUGUAAUUUUCAGUUACUUUUAUUAGUUGUCUAUUACAUUAUUAUCAUUUUAUAAAUGAAUAAAAAAUUACC